ACUGCACGUUUCAACGUGCUCGACAGUCAUUACACAGCAACCCGUGACUCUGGGCUGACGCAUCGUCCCCCUUUCCACCACACGAUCGAGCUUUUGAUCCAGCGUGCACUAAUCCCAUCACUGGUCUCGGUGGCGCACGCACCACGCACGGGGCAGGCCUUUGAAAGAGUGUAGUGGGCUCCCAGCGGCCACGAUGAGCGCGGCGUUGAGGGUGAAGGCGCUGCCGCUGCCGCUGCCGCUGCCGCCCUCGCCAUUCUCCCGGAAUGUCGGGAGCUGUUGCUGCUACCACUCAUCUGCCGCGGUUGCCCGCGCCCUGCCCGGGAGGGCGGCAAGGGUUCGAACGCCUCUCUCACGAGGCGUCGGUGCUACAGCAGAGAGGACCUGGCGUGUGGGGGGCGUGAGGUGGAAUAGCAGCGCCAGCAGCGGCGCCAGCGCGUCCUCUGAAGACGGCGAGGGCGUGGCAAGCUCGCAGACAUCGCUGGGGAGCGGGUCGGGCGUCGGCGGCGAGGCUCAGCCUGCAGCGCCGGCGUUUGCCUUUGCAUUCGACAUCGACGGUGUGCUGUUGCACACUUCCAGGCCAAUACCUGGCGCCACGGAGACCCUCAGGUUCCUCCAGCGGAACCGCAUCCCGUUUAUCCUCUUGACAAACGGAGGGGGGAAACCCGAGGCCGAGAGGGUGGCGGACCUGACCGAGAAGCUGGGCGUGCAGCUCGACGUGUCCAGCUUCGUGCAGAGCCACACCCCGUUCCAGAAGCUGCUGGACCCCAGUGCGGACCUGGGCUACCCGCGCCUGGAGAAGUACCUCAAGCAGUCACUCGGCAGGACGAGGUUCCAACGCAAGGACACCGUGCUCGUGCUAGGCUCGGACGCGUCCAAGUCGAGGCGCAUUGCCAACGGGUACGGCUUCGAGUCGGUGGUGACGCCGGGCGACAUCCUCAAGGCGUGUCCGGAGAUCUUCCCGUUCGACCCCCUGCGCGAGUUCUACGACCGGCAGGAGACGCUGCCGCUGCCGAAGCCCAUCUACAACCCCAGGGCCGACCCGGCGAUGAGGCUGGAGGACUGCCUCAAGAUCGACGGGAUCCUCACCUUCAACGACCCGCGCGACUGGGCCGUGGACGUCCAGCUCGUCACCGACCUGCUCCUCUCGCACAGGGGCUACCUGGGCACGUACAGCAGCAGGAACAACGACCGGACGCUUCCCCGGGGAAACCGGUGGCAGUCGGACGGCCAGCCGCCCCUCAUCUUCAGCAACGUCGACCUGCAGUGGAGCACGGGCUACCACCUAUCGCGGCUGGGCCAGGGCUCCUUCCGCGGGGCGGUGCGCGACGUGAUGGAGAGGCUGCGGGGCGGGCGGUCCGACGGGGACAUCAAGACGUUCGAGUUCGGCAAGCCCCACCGCCCAACCUACGCGCACGCCUGGGACACACUGGAGCGCCACCGCGGGCGGCUCGGCCUGCCUGACCUCAACGUCGUCUACAUGGUCGGCGACAACCCGGCCAGUGACAUCGCCGGCGCGUCCAAGUGGAACAGGCGUUUCCUGGGUGGCAAGCCGCCCGGGCCGUGCUGGAAGUCGUGCCUGGUGCGGACGGGUGUCUGGAAGGAGGACGUGACGCCGAUUGACCGCCUCGGCGAGAAGCCGACCCAUGUCGUGGACGACGUGAGGGCGGCGGUGCAGCGGGCUCUGGAGGAGCAGAAGUGGCCGGGCGGGUUCGAGUGACGGGUCGGGGGUUGCGGGCCAACGAGCCCAAGGGCAGCCAGCCAUGGAUCGGGGAUGGGCACGGGGAGGCCGGACCAUCCCCGGUGGGUCAGGCAAGGCAUGGACGUUGUAGAGUACGGAGUAUGGGCAGCGCAUUCCCCGGUGUUGGAUGCGUUCCAUGAUCAGGCCAUAUUUGCUGUUACAAUACUACCCUACAGAUAGAGGAUCAUGUGGUAUAAGACGAGGAUUUGUCUUGG